UUAUAAGUUAUGACUGUUCUGUCUAAUAUUGACGAUAUAUCUAAUUCAAAACAGAGAUGCAACUCGUACAUUAUCAUUAAUAGCAUUGGUCAGUGUACAUAGUAUUGACUCUGGGGAUCUCGUGGUAGAUAUAGUAGAUUAAUAUUGUGAAAUCUAUUUCGUUUCUCUACUUUUGUUAUCAUUUAAAUUUUAAAUGUCUUCGGAAUGAACACACAAAAUGCAGGAUUUCAGUUGGAUGCAUCGGCUAGCAGCAAGGAACAUACUGAAAUGUUCCAUAAAAUGAUAUUAAGUCAAAUACAAGAAGACAAAGUACGAGAAUAUCGAGAAGCGUUCAAUUUGUACGAUAAAGACCAUGAUGGUGUUAUAUCUACACAUAAACUAGGUGUCAUACUGAGAUCUUUGGGACACAACCCAACGGAACUUGAGAUUCAAGAAAUGAUUGAUGAAGUCGAUCAUGACAGAACGGGUUCAGUUGAAUUUGAAGACUUUUUAGAGGUUGUGAUGAGUAAAGACCUCGAUGAAGAGGAUCACGAACUAGCCUUAAAAGAAGCGUUUAAAAUGUUUGACCGAGAUGGUAAUGGUUACAUUGACGCUGAUGAACUUAGAUUGUGUAUGAUGAAUCUUGGUGAGAAAUUAACAUUAGAUGAAGUUGAAGAAAUGAUCAAAGAAGUUGAUGUUGAUUACGACGGAAGGAUGAAUUACGAAGAAUUUGUGAAGUUGAUGUGCACAAAAUAUCCUUUGAUGUGAUAUUGUUUACAGCAAUGUGAUAGAAAUAUGGAAUAAAAAGGAAAAGUGCUCACCAGCCAAAUACUUCAACACUUUUAUUCAUGAUAUACGUGACCUAAGGUCAUUAAAAGUUGAACGUCAUCUGUGUUGUUCAUACACCCAACCGACAUAAGAAGUGCCAAACAGUGGGAGAUCUUAUGAAUUGUUUCAGUUUUAUGAAAUCGUAAAUCUGGAAAACAUCAAUAUACAUCUAUUAUAACGAACUAUCAGGGAAUGUGUUUCUUUAAUUGUGUUUGUGUGUGUGUUGCAUUCCAGUGCAGCAAAGAUUUGAAUAAGACAAUCUUCUUUUCUUCAUAUUGCUACCACGUAAUGCCUGUUCAUCUAUAUUAACUUUAUAUUGCCAUUUCGCAACAUGAUGAAUGUUAAUGUGUAUAUAUGAAAAUUUAUGCAAGUUGAGCAGAUGCGCACAACUGAAGUAAGAAUAAAAUAUUACAUGUUUGGUUCGAA